AGUGCAUGUGUCACUCGUGUUGACAACUUGACAGCGAGUAGGAAACAGUGCUCGCAUCGGGCCAUAUACGAUGACGGACCGGUGAUAGUUGCCUUUCUGGGCUACAGAACACAAGAAUAAUGGGUCUGAAAGAGACUAUGGCUGUAAUCUUAGUGAUAUUUGUUUUAUUAGGUUUUAGCUCGGCGUUGGUGGUGAAUGACAGCUGUAAGCAAAUGUCAACCUGCCGAUGCCAGUUCGACGGUGGACUGGAAAUUAAUUUGAUGAAGGUGGCUGCCGAUCCCCUUGAUGCACCGAGGUUUAAGGAACUGACUGCUAGUAAUAAAUCGGACACAAGUUUAUAUUCAUAUAAUCCUUGCUACAGUUAUGUCUUCCCACCUGAUGGUCAAGAAAUGUCAUGUGGCAAAGAUGUGGCUGUGUGUCAGUCCAGUACCUCAGGUCCUAUUAAUAUUGGGAAACAGAGUUUUGCAAAGUUUCAUUUUGAUAAUUCAACAGACCAGUGGAUACUUUCAUAUUACAAUGACAUUGGAGAUAGGUUGUCAAAUGUUAUUUUACAGUGUACUGAUAAUGACAUUGACGUUCUUGAAGUAUUUGGUGAAACAAAAGGCCAGCAUAGGAGUGUAUUUAACAUGACCCUGAAAUCCAAGUGUGCAUGCAUAGGGGGCUGUCUGACUCCUAUCCUACCCCACGGCAUGUCUGUUGGGUCGCUGUUCCUGCUGUUGCUCCUCAUCUUCAUUUGCGUGUACCUGACAGUGGGAUACCUGUACCGUCGCUUUGUUAUAGGUGCACGGGGCAUUGAGUUGCUCCCGCACCUUAGCUUUUGGAUGGACUUUCCGUAUCUUGUUCAGGAUGGGUUCUUUUUCCUGCUGUAUUGUGGAAGGAGGGACGUUACUUAUGAAAGAAUAUGAAAUAUCAUCUGUCAUUCAAGGUAAUGACGGAUUUCAUGUCAACACACUUGGUUAGAAGUCAAGUAAAAGGGUUGAGGUACCAUUCCAUGAUGAAGCCGAGUCUUGUAAAUAAACAUUUGGUAGGUGAUCAGGAGUGGUUAUUUAUAUAAUCAAUAUUUUGCUUUCAUAUAUGGAGGCAGAUUAUUUUCUUUCUUUUCUAACCAUCAUUACACAUUUUAUAUUACUAUUGAUAAAAGGGAUAAUCUUUGUUGAGUCAGUGCGAAUGGCCUUAGAUGUUGGCAGAAAGAAGAAAAUGAUCAAGUAAGCAAUCCCUCUUGGAUUUAAAAGUGGUGCUUGGCUCUUAAUUUUGCAAGACACAAGUACUUAAGUUUGUAUACAAUCACUUAAAUUGUUUAGUGGUCUGUGGAUUAAAGCCUGAUCAACUUAAAUAUUAGAGGCUUUUAGAGAUGCAUUGUAAGUCAGCUUUGGAGAAUGAUUUUUGUUAUUGUGAAAAUUAAAAAUUAUGGCGUAUGUGUUGGAGAACUCAUUUUUAGGUAACAAAUUGUUUUCUGUAAAGCAAAUAUAGAUUCACAUGUUUCUUAGAUGUAGAGACAUUGUUUAUUCACCCAAAAUGACAAGUAAGGUCUGUAAAUAAGCCUAGUACUCAACUGUAUCUUAUUUAUAAGUUCCAGUUCCACUUGUUUCUGAUUUCUGGGUCUACAUCAACUUAGGCUCUGAUUUGAUAGUUACAAUUAGUGUAGAACAUUAAGAAAUAUUAGUAAAUUGACCAAAGCAAUUCCCCCUUUUUUUAUAAAUACUAUAAUUGACUUGAGAAAAAACAUGUAUCACACACCAGAAUGAUAUUGUUAAUUAUAUUAUGUACUUAAUGUACAAGUGAUGGGAUUGUCUAAUGUGAUGAAUAAUCCUGUUAGGGUUAUAGAUGCCUUAUUUAGGAUUAAUUUUCCUCAAGUGGUUUAGGCAGAGGAGUUGGGAAGACAUAUUUUUUAUAUAAUAUCCAUGACAAAAAUGUCACUUUUAUACAAAUGAAAUAUUUUUUUCUAUUAUGUGAAUGACUGUUUUCAUGUUGUUUUUACAUCAGAGUUAUUAUAAAUAUCUAAGGGAUUGUAGCUGUUAAUACAGCUAUAUUGAGUCUUAGUUUGGUAAAUAUAUUUCAUAUGAAGUGAUGGUAAGCAGAGUAAUAUUUCAUGAAUGAAUUAUUUCUGUAUUACUGAACAGACCAACAUAAUUAAAAUGUAUAAUAAUGUGGAUUAAAUUUGUGUUUUUGUAUGAGUAAGGUUGUGAUAUUUUUGUAUUGCUCUUUUAUCAUGCUUUAUAUUUUUCUCUGUAUCAGAAUUGUUGUGUCUUACUGUAUGUAUGAAAUUUACGGCAACAAAAAAUUUGUAGAACUUAUAAACAAUUAACUCUGAAUGCGACAACUAAAUAAAAAAAUAAAUAUUUGAAAAUGUGACAUUCAAAGUGGCAAGGUUUUAAAAUGUAAUGUAAAAGAAAGUGCUGGAAUUAAAUGACUGUAAAAGUUGCAGUGCUUUUUUGUUGUUGUUUUUUAAGCUUCUUCAUAUAAAAGAGUUUGAAUGUUAUCUCAACAGAUGAAAUAGAUAGCAUUUAUGUGAAAACUUAUUUUCUGAACAAUUUUUAUAGCUUGAAGUGUGUGAUAUGCUCUUAAAUAUUAGGCCCCUAGGUAAUUUAGUCCUGACUUAGUUCAUACCCAGAUAUAAAAACAGCAAAUUAUAUGGCAAGUGCCUUACUUUCUUCAUCAGUAAUUUCUUUUGUCACAAGAUUUUGUAUUGCAUUUUUGCAGUCCAUUAUGUUCUUUCACAUUUUGUUUCUUCUCAGUUUCAAAUCUCUCAAGCAUGUUGUGUGUGUAUAGUCCAGUGGCUAAGAAAUUUUUUGUGUCUUCAUAAAUUAUCCCGCCAGAAGUUGUACAGCAUUCACUAUGAAAGCUGAAGUAAUCGAAAAUUAUAAUGUUUCCGUUUUGAAUGACUUCAGAAUAUUUCUUGUGAAAUUUGGAUACAAUAUUUACUGAAGCAUAUCUUUGAAUAAUACAGUUUCCUAUUUUUUCUA